AGGUGUCUUUCCUACGAACAAGAAGUAUCUCCCCCGCAUUCACUGUCGUGCGUUUCGUCUCUUCGACAAAGCAUACCAAUACAAGUGCAGCUUAGACUUGUUUUCGCAUCACAAGAUGGUGUCUGGACCACGACCUGCAGCUCAUUCUGGUACUUCUUCGUCUGUGUCGCAGCUGCAAUUUCGUCCGCCCGGAGCGCCGGCCGUCGUGGUUUUCUCGGGAAGAAGCAAUACCUUGUUUUGUGGGGAUAGCGGCCGUGUGUUUGGAGACGUUGGUCCCAUUUUCCGCGAGCUCGCGCAGCGGGGAAUCAAAAUCGUCAUAGCGCGAGAUGAUCCGGAUGGCGAUGACGAAAAGAAGGCAGCGAACCCGCCGCAGUUGCAGGUUGUCAGCGGUAGCGGACGUCUGAAAGCGAUGUUCACUUCUACAGGUCGCGGUUUAAUGUCCUCUGCAUUGCCUCUCAACAAGGCUUCAUCAUCUUCACAAGAAGAAGCAAACAGCGCCGCUGCAGCUGCACUUCCGAGAACUCCUUACAAUGUGCUACAACUUUUGGAAGACGAGGGCCUGCUGCAGUACGUUUCCGCGUUUGUACUUCUUAAAGAAACGGCUUCAUCAACAUCCACCGACAGCUCUGUUCUCGUUCCACAAGAAGUAGUUAAAGCCACUCUGGCCGACAUUGCACGCUACCUGGUUCACCAAGAACAAACCGUCGAGUUUGAAAUCGUCGCCGCAGACCUGCUGGCCUUGAAACGGGUCAAAGACGAAGUUUCCUCGCGCAUUCUCUGCGUCCAGGCGAAGCAGGCCAUGGGCGUGCCAGGUCUCACCCCAGCAGCGGUUCUAGCCCCAGUGCGGUACGGCUCGCCUGUGCUAUCCAAGAAAUUCUUGCCCCAAGCAGUCGAUGAGGGCCGAAUAAGGGGGUAUGAAGGUUCUGUCAUCGAAAAAGUCUACGAAGCACGCGUCAAGGCCCUGAUGGAGAAAAAGGAAAUCCUUACGACGGACCUCCGCGAGACACUGCGCUGCAAUCCGCUAUUGCUGGCGCACAAGAUCACGAAAACAGCGUCUGCCUUGUCGAAAUUCUACUACCGGCGCUCGGUACCGGUCUUCGCUCCCGUUCUGCGAGAUGACCGGUUUGCCUUCGCUUUCGCCGCCGAUCUUGUAUGCAGUAAUAAAACCCACACUUGCAACUCACACCAGCAGCGCAGACUGGGAACAGAAAUUUGUCGGCUUUUCUCGACACGAUGUUUUUCAUCUCGAAGCUACCUUACGAACAUGCCAAUCUCUAUCUUUGUGUUUAUAUUUUAUAACGAGGUUGUAGUUGUAGAAAUGCAGAUGAUCAUCAUAAUAUCCCGGGCGAUGCACAAGCACAAGCUGUGCUGUCGCACGUUGUUGGCUUGGUGGUGCAAGUGUAUACAAGUCGAACAUGGAUGCGCGAAGUCGGGAGGAUCGGGGUCCAGUCCGACAUCUCUUUCCUGGAAAGCCUUCAAGACGUCAUGCCGCAAGUCAGAAACGCGGAGCAAGAAAAGGCAAGCAUUGAUCUACGAGAGCAUCCCGCGAAAUGGCGACACCGCGACGUGGUGGUAA